CUGCAUGAAGUCAUCUUCUAAUUUGGCCAACAUGUUUUUUUGUAACUCUGGGAUAGAUUUUGGUUGGCCACCCACUUUACCUCGAGGACGUUCCGGUGCGGUGACGUCAUCGUCAUCCGUUUGGCCGAGGCCCGGUCAAACUUUCCCUUAGCUGCGCGGCUGUCGCGGCAACAUGGAAUGGACUUUUCUCCACAACAUCCGGGACUUCAGUCAGCAAAGUGUGGCUGGCCGGUUACAUCCCUGCUGGUGCGUAGGAGACAGGAAACAAGGCCAUCAGUGCAGCGAGCAUGACAGACUGUGGUGCUGUGUGUUUACAGAUGACUCCAUCCAUGUACAAGUCCAUGAGGACAAAGAACAGCAAGGACCUUCAGGAGACCAUCAAGGUACAACACCCCCCGAUUGUGACCUCCAGCUGACAUCCCGACUGAUGAAGCUGCAGCCUCCAUCUCUUCGAACCACUGUCCUCCAGGGCGAAACCACCAGCUACAAAAUAACAGGCUUCAUAGGAGGGGGAGGUUGUGCCGAUGUCACCAAAUGUGUGGACUUAAACACGGAUGACUCCAUCCAUGUACAAGUCCAUGAGGACAAAGAACAGCAAGGACCUUCAGGAGACCAUCAAGGUACAACACCCCCCGAUUGUGACCUCCAGCUGACAUCCCGACUGAUGAAGCUGCAGCCUCCAUCUCUUCGAACCACUGUCCUCCAGGGCGAAACCACCAGCUACAAAAUAACAGGCUUCAUAGGAGGGGGAGGUUGUGCCGAUGUCACCAAAUGUGUGGACUUAAACACGGAUGACUCCAUCCAUGUACAAGUCCAUGAGGACAAAGAACAGCAAGGACCUUCAGGAGACCAUCAAGGUACAACACCCCCCGAUUGUGGGGAGGAGACUGAUGGACCCUUGGUUCCGGCCCAGGUGAUGUCGGCACGUAUAAGAAGGCGAAGAUCCACGCACCGAUGAUCAUUUCAGCACCACAGGACUUCACGCUCGUCCAUGGCUGCAGUUGUUCCUUUUGCGUCCUGCUAUGGCAGCAGUGCCGAGCCCCUGCAGCUGUUCGGGCGAGGAGCCCGGGGGAACAGCUACCUGGCCCUGUUCGCCUACCGGGGCCCCCGCUUCCCGCCGCGCCCCCGCCUGGCGUACCACGCCCCCAAGAUGACGCUGCGGCAGAUCUGUCGCAUGCUGAAGGUGAUGAAGCAGGUCAGGAAGCGAGAGGCCGCCGCCGCCGCCUGCAGGUGAUGAACGCUGUGUCCUCGAAGCAAGGGGCCGCGUCUCCGACCCCGUCGUCGUCGUCGUCGCCCGGCAACAAGUCGGAGAAGAAAAGCCUGGCAAACUGUCCCAGACACAAACGCAGCAUCAAACGUGUCGGCUGACCCUCGAGCCCCGGACGACCGCCGGCGCCCCGUCAGUCCCACUAACAUGAGAAGGACGAUGUUCCCUUGACUUGCGGUCGGUCAGGAGAAGAUAACACGAUGUGAAUCACACAAGCCUCUUUGACGUGGAGACAUGAAGAGUGUCAGUUAUUUCGAAUCAACUCUUGAGUGUUUUGUUUUUGUCGUUGAUUUGUGUUUCAGUCUACUUUGGUCUUUGGAUCCUUUUUCCCUUCGCUGUACUUGAGGAACUGAGGAGUCGGAUCCUCUUCACGUCCCCGUGACCCUUUAAUGUCUCUCACCCAUAAAACCCAGAGGACUUUUAAAUCACGCUGAUCGAUUGGACGAAACAAAUAAACAAGGGUUAUGUCGGACGGAUCACAUUUACUGUCGCCAUGUCCGUGACGCUCGCCUCUGUUCUUUGCAUGAUGUGUUGCUUUCGUGAACAUGUUUCUAAAACGUGCAAUAAUCAUGGAGAGUUUUACAAUAAUAAAAAAAAUAAUAAGAAAUGU